AUGAGCGAACCGCAUCCCCCGUUCCAAGUAGUUGCACAGUUUCCUUAUAAGUCAGAAUACGAAGAUGACUUGAAUUUCGAGAAAGAUCAGAUCAUAACGGUUACUUCCAUUGAAGAUGAUGAGUGGUAUUAUGGUGACUUUAAGAACAAAGGUGGUGAAUUAGUGGAAGGAAUUUUUCCCAAGAGUUUUGUCACUGUAAAGAGUAAGGAGGAGCCAAUUGAAACGAUAAAACCUGACGUAUCUGAAGAAGAAGCGGAUCAAUUUGUAGAUGCCAAAGCCUUUGAGUCACCAGACGUUCAGAGAAGGCGUUCCAUUUUCAACCGGGACGAACCAGCCCUCAAGCCAAGAGAAAGUGAGUUCUUUGAGAAUGAGAAUGUUCCUGUGAAGAAGACAGUGGUAGCCAAUCCUCCGCAGUUCUAUGCACCACCACCUAUUAGUGAUCUGGAAACCAAGACGAAGGGUGAGACAAAGAAGCCUAACGUUCCUGAACCCGUUAAUAAGGCUGGCGUAGAAAACCCUAAUAGUGCGGUCAAAGAGUCUGAUGAAUUACCACAGGUCAGCUUAAAGGAAAGAAUUGCUUUACUUAAAGAGCAGCAAAGGAUACAAGAAGAACGUGAGAAAGAAAUGCAAAGUAAGCUUUCUAAGGAGGCUGAAGAGGCCGAAGCUGCCGAGAAACCAACUGAAGGUAUUCCCGAGGAGAAUCCCGAGGAGAUACCUAUAACUUCAACGAAACUAAAUGAAUCGGAGCAAGCAGAUGCUCCUCAACAUGUCACUGGGUUGACAGAGGAGCCUGUCGUCCCUCAUCUUGAGGAGACAGCUGCCACUGAAAAAGUAGCAGUCGAAAAGCCAAAUGAGGAAGACGAGAAUGAAGAGGAAGACGAGAAUGAAGAGGAAGACGAGGAAGAUAGCGAGGAAGCAAGACGUGCUGCAUUGAGGGAGAGGAUGGCAAAGCUUGCCGGUGCCGGCAGGUUUGGAGGGCCAGCUGGUUUUAAUCCUUUUGGCAUGCCUGCCGGCGGUUCAGUUGGCUCCAGUGAGCCCAGGAAGAAGAAGGCGGUUAAGCAGGAAUCUCAAGACGAAAGUGAGAUGCCCAAAGUUGUUCCCGUCAUGCCGUUUGCUGAUCCUAAUGCCGUCCCGUUCUUGACCAAAAAACCAACAACUUCAGGUGUCAAGACCGAAGAAAACAAUGAAGAAACUUCACAAAGCUCUCCCAUUAAACCGCAACCAGAGAGUCCAAUAUUGUCAGUUCAACCUAACAAAUCUCUUGAUCCUUCCUCUUUAGACACUCCUGGUUUUCAAGCUGAUGAAGAAGAGGCCGGUGAGAAAGGUGCCUACUUCGAAGCUGAAGAAUUCACGGGACCCGAUGAUGAUGUGAAGAUUCCUGAGCCAGAAGAGGUCAUUGUCGGAGAAUUGCCGCCAUCCGAAUCCACCGAAGGCUACCAAUCCUCUGAUGACAAUAUAGAUGAAAGUUUGGACUAUACAGAAGCAGCUGCCAAGCCCACACUCCCAGAUACUUCGUCAAAAGAACCUAUUGUAUUGCCUACACCUAGCAUUCCAACUAAAUUAAACGAUCAAGAAAGGGCCGCUUUAAGCUCAGAGUCCCCUGUGCCCGAUCUUCCACUGAGUGACAUCCCACCUACGAUUCCAGUUGGAAAAGGACUUGUACCGGAAACACCAAAGUCCGUGGAUAUUCCUUUGAAGGACUCCCCUGAUUUGAAACCAGAAGCUCCUCCAGUACCUAACGUCGACAUCUCCAAACUGGCUUCUCCACCUCAUCCACCUAAGCCACCAGUUUCUGCUGUUCCUCCUAUACCAUCUGAUAUACCAAUCAAAACGCCUCAUCCACCGCAUGAGUAUGAGGCUCCUGCCGCAGAUAUGAAGAAGAGAAGUGGUCCUCCUCCUCCACCGCCAGUUCCUGCCCCAACUAAAGGCCAAGAUGUGCCACCUCCCCCACCUCACUCUUUGCCGUCAUCUAAGGCACCUCCACCACCACCUCCUCCAGCUGCUCCGGCACCUCCUAAAGAAGCUCCUCCUUCCAGCGUAAGUUCAGGCGUACCUCCAAAUCCACCUGUUCCAGUUCCGCCGGCCUCUAGUGCCCCCGUAAUGCCAUCCUCGCAUCCUCAGCCUCCUUUACCUCCAUCGGUAGCAGCUACCAGAUCUGUUGCUCCAAUUUCUAAGAGGACCACUACCAAGGAAGGUUUGGAGUCUCUGCAUGAAUCUGCUGUGAAUUUUGAUCCUAGCGAGCAAUGGUGGUUAAAGAAAACCACGCCAACCAAGCUCUUUAGUCAUAAGGUGAACUAUCUGAUGGAAGUAGAUGACCAUCUUAUUAAGAAGAGAUUACACCAAGAAAUCAUGAUUAGAGAUUUUUACUUCUUGUUCGAGGACUACUUUCAGUUGCAGCUGACCUUGACCUUUGACGUCAAUAAUCCACAGGCAUCUGUGCAGUCAAGCCAAAGGUUCAUCGCCCUGAAGAGCCAGCCAGACCUAUUGAAGAAAAACUCUGAAGAAUAUGGUCAUUACAUAUAUGAGCAAGCGUUGUCUCUAGUCCAUUCUCAAACGCCCAGUCUGGUAGAUACGAUACUCCAACAACUAGGCAAUGAUAUUAUAAAGCCUAUCGAGUCAAGGACCUACGGAAUACCAUUAUUCAGUCAUAAAGCUGGCCAGGCCCUUGAUAGUAGUAGCUUGUUAACUAUCCGGGCAGGAGACAUCCUGGUUAUCCGCAAAGGCAAGUUCGAAACACAUAAAAUGAUCGGUCCCAAGGAAACAGUGUCAGUGGGCACAGAUGCCACUCCGUACGUUAGCGUGGUUAGCGACUUUGACGCUACCAAGAAUAAAAUUAGAGUGAUUGAGGAAAGAGAGGGAAAAGUUGUUCAGGCCGCUUAUAAGAUUGAUCACAUGAAGAGUGGCAAGCUAAAGGUGUUUAGGGUUGUCGGAAGAAGUUACGUUGGCUGGUAA